CGUGACUCCAUAUCUAGUAACCACGUGCGUGUCGGUUCCGUCAUCUUUUACUCAGUUACUCAGAUUCUCUCCAUGAUUUUUCAUAUCUUGUUCUCUUGCUACAACUAUAGAGAUAUCCGAUAUCCAUAGCAAUAUUUAUUUGAGUACCUACCCAGCAAAGGCUCAAUGUGAGAGUGCCGAAACAUUGGGAGUCCCGACGCGUGACAAACAGCAGCAAAUUCAAUUUACCUUUCAACCACCAUGGCAAAAGGCAAGAGUGUCAAUCCUGCUGAUGCUUACCGUAAGGCUCUGCGCAAAAAAGAGCUGAAAAAGAACAAGGCCGAUCGAACCAAGAAGCGCGACUUUGCCCUGGUCAAGAAAGAUACAUUUGAUUUCGAGGAUGAAAUUGCUAACCUGGAGGCCCUUCCUACUCCUUCAUCGUCGGAAAAGGCUCGACUAACGGAAGCCAAGGCUGAACUAGAGAAGAUUAAUCAGAAGAAAGAAGAAUAUGUCAAGGAGCACCCCGAACACCGUCGACUCGUCUACCGGCCUCGGAAACAACAGACAGAUCCUGAUAAACCUGAGGAGGAACUCGUCUUGCCUACUCGGAAUCUUUUCAAAGCGAAUGGACUUCCUCGACACCCGGAACGGAGUAUAUACUAUGACCCAGUUAUGAACCCUUUUGGUGUCGCUCCACCUGGCAUGCCUUACCGUGAACGAGACCUAUUACCCGGUGAAAUUGAUAAUGAGGCUGAAAAUUCGGAAGUUGCAGAUGACGACGACGUUGUUAUGCCAGAAGGUCCACCUCCAAAGCCAGAGGAUGCAGUUGACAGUGAUGAUGACAUACCCAUGCCAGAGGGCCCACCACCAGGUCAAGAGUUGCCUGAACAGGGUACAUCUGAUGAAGUUCCCGUCAACCCGCCACUUCCGCCAAUGCCGCCACCACCAAUGUUACUAAAUAACUUUGGACCUUCAACCUCCUUCCCUCCUUUUCCUCCCACAGGGUUCCCUGGUUAUAUGGCUCCUCCUCUAGGUGUACCUCCGCCGCCGCCUAGUUAUGCUAUGCCUCCGCCACCUCCAGGGUUCUUUUCUCGUCGGCAGCAAUCUGCAACAACCUUGCAGGACCCAUUGUCAUCUGUUCCGCAUCAAACAUUCCAAGGCCAUCGUGCUCAGGUUUUAGCGCCCCCGCAUCCAUCUCUACCCCCGAAACCUCGGCCGGAGGCCUCUCCGUCUGCGAUAGUGUCGGCCGAGCCUCAACUGCGUGAUUUGAAGAAGGAAGCUACAUCAUUUGUACCCACCUCGCUAAAACGCAAGAAGGCUGCUAGCGCGUCGGCAUCUGGGAGGAUCAAUGCUGCGCCUGGUGUUGGUGACGUUGUUGAAGGAGAGAUUUCGGCUCGGCCGGACUUGCUCAGUGCUCUAAAGGGUCAGUUUGGGCCCGCCCCGAAUAAUCGGCCUGCUGCACUACCCACCAAAGAAAAGAGUGCCGCAACAAAGACGAAGGACGACUACGAGAAGUUUGUUGAAGAGAUGGGAGAUAUAUUGGGACCCUAGUAGAUGUUUGCACAUUGAAUCUGUACAGUAGCUGCAACGGAUGAAUUGAACUCAUGUGAAGCUCGG